CUUGCAGCUGCCUUUAGAAGCAAGGCUGGUGGCUGCAACAAGAGAAGUUUGAUCAUGAUUCAGAACUGAGCUACCACCUCCUGCCUGCUGCCCAGAGAAAGGCAAGGACACCAGGGAGACCAGAGGAGCCACCAAUGGUGCUGCCCUGGGUUCAGGAAGCUGUGAAUUGUGUAAUGGUAUGCCCGGCGUGAGGACAUCGUGUAUUCUUUAGAGUUAUGAAAAGGAAGAAACUGGUCAGCAGACUAAAGCACUGGAAUUGUCCUUUUCAAGAUCCAGAGCUCCAACAUUCCUUGGCUUAAAAGAGAGAAUCACCUGGGACAAUGUGGGCAAGGAAUCUUAUGGCAAGAGCCUUAUAUGACAAUGUCCCAGAGUGUGCUGAGGAACUGGCCUUCCGCAAGGGAGAAAUCCUGACUGUCAUAGAGCAGAACACAGGAGGACUGGAAGGAUGGUGGCUCUGCUCCUUACACGGCCGGCAAGGGAUUGUCCCAGGCAACCGGGUGAAGCUUCUCAUUGGCCCAGUACAGGAGACCUCCUCCAGUCAGGACCAGCCUACUUCUGGACUGAUGCACCAGACCUUUGGCCAACAGAAGCUCUAUCAAGUGCCAAACCCACAAGGUGCUCCUCGAGACAUCAUCUACCAAGUACCACCUUCCUACCAAAAUCAGGGAAUUUAUCAAGUACCCACUGGCCAUGGUACCCAGGAACAAGAUGUGUAUCAAGUACCACCAUCAGUGCAAAGAGGCAUUGGAGGGGCUAAUGGUCCCCACUUAAGUAAAAAGGUGAUAACCCCCGUGAGGACAGGCCAUGGCUAUGUGUACGAGUACCCAUCUAGAUACCAAAAGGACAUCUACGAUAUCCCUCCUUCCCAUUCCACUCAAGGGGUAUAUGAUAUCCCUCCAUCAUCGGUGAAAGGCCCGGUGUUUUCAGUUCCAGGGGGAGAGAUGAAACCUCAAGGGGUCUAUGACAUUCCUCCUACUAAAGGGGUAUAUGCCAUUCCACCCUCUGCUUGCCGAGAUGAAGCAGGGCUCAGGGAAAAAGAGUAUGAUUUCCCCCCUCCAAUGAGACAAGCUGGAAGGCCAGAUGUCAGACCUGAGGGCGUGUAUGACAUCCCCCCGGCCAGUACCAAACUGGUGGGGAAUGACCUUCACAUGAAAUAUAACUGUGAUGCUACGGGAGCUGCCGAACUGGUUGCACAAAGACACCCAAGCAUUUCCCUGAAACACCCACCCUCACUGCUGGGACCGUCAGGGGGCACUCAGAAUGAUGCGUAUGAUGUCCCUCGAGGGGUACAGUUUCUGGAACCACCAGCAGAAACCAGUGAGAAAGCAAAUCCUGAAGAAAGAGACGGUGUUUACGAUGUCCCUCUGCACAACCCAGCGGACGCCAAAAGCUCUCAGGAUGUGGUGGAUGGAAUCAACCGACUAUCUUUCUCCAGUACAGGCAGCACCAGGAGUAACAUGUCCACGUCUUCCACCACCUCAAAGGAAUCUUCACUGUCAGCCUCCCCAUCUCAGGACAAAAGGCUCUUUCUGGACCCAGACACAGCCAUUGAGAGACUCCAUCGGCUCCAGCAGACCCUGGAGAUGGGCGUCUCCAGCCUAAUGGCACUGGUCACGACCACAGACUGGAGGUGCUAUGGAUACAUGGAACGACACAUCAAUGAGAUACGCACCGCAGUGGACAAGGUGGAGUUGUUCUUGAGGGACUACCUGCAUUUUGCCAAGGGCGCUGUAGCAAAUGCUUCCUGCCUCCCGGAACUCACCCUCUACAACAAAAUGAAGCGGGAGCUGCAGAGAGUGGAAGACUCCCACCAGAUUCUGAGCCAAACCAGCCAUGACUUAAAUGAGUGCAGCUGGUCCCUGAAUAUCCUGGCGGUCAACAAGCCCCAAAACAAGUGUGAUGAUCUGGACCGCUUUGUGAUGGUGGCAAAAUCGGUUCCUGAUGAUGCCAAGCAGCUCACCACAACAAUCAACACCAAUGCAGAAGCCCUCUUUAGACCAGGCCCCGGCAGCUCCCAUGUGAAGAAUGGGCCUGAGAGCAUCAUGAACUCCACUGAGUACCCCCAUGCUGGAUCCCAGAUGCAGCUGCUGCAUCCUGGAGACCACAAGGCCCAGACCCUCAAUAAGGCGGUGCCCCCACACCUGAGCAAGGAUCAGCCUGUAGCUGACUGUAGCAGCAGUGAUGGCUCUGAAAGGAGUUGGAUGGAUGAUUAUGACUAUGUCCACCUACAGGGUAAAGAGGAGUUUGAAAGGCAACAGAAAGAGCUGCUGGAAAAAGAAAAUAUCAUCAAACAGAACAAGAUGCAGCUGGAACAUCAUCAGCUAAGUCAGUUCCAGUUGUUGGAACAAGAAAUUACAAAGCCUGUGGAAAACGACAUGUCAAAGUGGAAGCCCUCUCAGAGCCUCCCCACCGUAAACAGCAGCGUGGGCGCUCAGGAUAGGCAGUUGCUUUGCUUCUACUAUGACCAGUGUGAGACCCAUUACAUUUCCCUUCUCAAUGCCAUUGACGCUCUCUUCAGCUGCGUCAGCUCCGCCCAGCCCCCGCGGAUCUUCGUGGCACACAGCAAGUUUGUCAUUCUGAGCGCGCACAAACUGGUGUUCAUUGGAGACACGCUGACAAGGCAGGUUGCUGCCCAGGACAUUCGCAACAAAGUGAUGAACUCCAGCAACCAGCUCUGCGAACAGCUCAAGACUAUAGUUUUGGCGACUAAGAAGGCCGCCCUCCACUACCCCAGCACUACGGCCUUGCAGGAAAUGGUGCACCAAGUGACAGACUUGUCCAGGAACACGCUGCAGUUCAAGCGCUCUUUGCUGGAGAUGGCAACGUUCUGAGAAGGAAAGGAGGACAGGAGGACUGAGUGGGUUACUAAGGAAAACUGGAAAUACUAUCUGGUUUUUGUAAAUGAUAUCUAUUUUUGUAUAUAUUUUAUAUGGAAAUGAAAUAUUUUAACAUUUUAUGGGUUAGACAACAUUCAGAACUUCAGGGAGCUAGAGAGGAAACUUUGUGUGUGUGUGUGUGUGUGUGUGUGUGUGUGUGUGUGUGUGUGGUUCUUGUGUACACAUGUAAGCAUCCCGAACAUAAACUGUACAGAAACUUG